AACAAACAAAAUCUGCUUCUGUUUUUAGUUUAAGAAACAUGGUUUGGAUUUUUUUUAACAAAAUUGUUUCAGGCAAUAGUUUGAUAUAAAAUCUUCAAAACGAGCAACACAAGUGAAGUUCUAUGGAAAUUUCAAUUGAAAUGAUAUAGAAAAAUUAAAAAGUCUCUUUCUUAGUAGCUUUCACAAUGUGUUUUCAUGCUUCGUAACUUACAUUUAUUGGAGCCACUGAGCAUUGUUCUUUUAGAUUUGUUGUCAUGUUCCCGAGAGCCAAAAAUUCUCCAUUUCAUAUUUAAUUUUUUCCCUUUAUAAUGGGCUCUCUUCUUGGUUUUUGGCUUUGACUUAAUUUGUCUCUUUCUCUUUUUCUCCGUUCUCUUCCAUGGCACCCAUUUUUUUAGUAAAAGCUCCUAAAUGUUACAUGUGUUGAUAAUUAGAUAAGUCUUAUUUUGGAUUGCUUACAAGAGCAUAGUACUUGUAAGUGUUGGUUUGUUUCAGAAAAUCAGAAGGAGGUUGCAGCGAAGAUAUAUUCAGUCUCAAGUAUUCAGCUUUCAUGGUGAAAAAAGUGAUGAAAAUGGAAAUUGAAAGUGGGUUGCUUUUGAGAAAUUAAAAUGAAAGAGAGUUACUGUGAAGAGUUGUGAAGUAUUUUAGAGUUGGGAAUAGCAAAUAUGCCAACAGCGUGGUUCUCUUUGAAAAAAUCUUUGCAUUGCAAAUCAGAGCCAUCAGAAGUUCAUGACCCAAAAUCCAGGAAGCAUUUGAGUACAAUCUUGACAAGAAAAGCAGGGAGGUCAGGUUGUUCAAGGUCUAUAGCAAAUCUUAAAGAUGUUAUUCAUGGAAGCAAGAGACAUUUAGAGAAGCCACCAAGUUGCAGCCCAAGAUCCAUAGGGAGCAGUGAGUUUCUCAACCCAUUAACUCAUGAAGUUAUACUAAGUAACUCAAGGUGUGAGCUGAAGAUUACUGGGUUUGGUGGGUUCCAAGAAGGGGUUGGCGGCGGCGGUGGCGGCAAUGGCGGUGGAUCAACUUUUGUGGGUACUUUAAGGCCUGGUACACCAGGACCUGGAGGGCACUCAACUAUGCAUUAUUUUAAUCCUUCUUUUAUGACCACAUCAACUCCCCCAAGAAAGACUCGUUUUCUUUUGUCAGAUAAAAAAGCGUCUGGAUUUGGGGGUUCUAAUGUUCAUCAUGGUGCUGUUCAUUCAAGCAAUAGAGUUUCUCUUGAGAUUGAUUCCAAUGGAUGUUCCACAGUGACUUGCCAUAAAUGUGGAGAGCACUUCACCAAAUGGGAAGCUGCUGAAGCACAUCAUCUGUCCAAGCAUGCUGUUACGGAACUUGUCGAAGGAGAUUCAUCAAGGAAAAUUGUUGAAAUCAUAUGCCAGACAAGCUGGUUAAAGUCUGAGAACCAUUGUGGUAGGAUAGAAAGAGUCUUGAAAGUUCAUAGCAUGCAAAAAACUCUUGCUCAAUUUGAGGAGUAUAGAGAAAUGGUAAAGAUUAAAGCUAGCAAACUCCCCAAGAAACACCCUCGAUGCAUUGCUGAUGGAAAUGAGCUCUUGAGGUUUUAUGGUACAACUGUGGCAUGCUCUCUUGGCCUGAAUGGUUGCUCAAGUCUAUGCAUAUCAGAAAAAUGUUGUGUCUGUCGUAUUAUUAGACAUGGUUUCUCAGUCAAGAAGGAACUCAAAGGUGGAAUAGGUGUAUUCACAACAUCUACAAGUGGAAGAGCUUAUGAAUCUAUUGAAAUUAUUGACAAAGAUCCGUCAAUAAGGAAAGCUCUGAUGGUAUGCAGAGUCAUUGCUGGGAGGGUUCAUAGACCAUUGGAGAAUAUACAAGAAAUGGCUGGCCAAACUGGGUUUGAUUCAUUGGCUGGGAAAGUUGGUCUCUACUCAAAUAUUGAGGAGCUCUAUCUGCUCAAUCCUAGAGCUCUCCUUCCUUGCUUUGUGGUAAUCUGCAAAACCUGAUGAAAGUUAAAAUAACUGCUUACAUGCAGUUAUCAAAUUAUGUGAAUGCUUUCAGUUUUUGCUUCUUGGUACAGUGGUUUUUUUCUUUUUUCUUCCUUUUUUUUUCUCUUUCUGGAAGGAGUUUCACUUUUCUUUCUAGGUUCUUAUCACUUGCCAACAUAUCUGAUUUGUGCCACUCAAUGUCAAUUGUUUCUGCCUAUUCAUAACGCUUAGCCCAACUAACACUACUUGUAUUUGUUCCUUUUCAUUCAAGGCUUGUGUUGUUGAUGCAAA